GAUCUCUCCUUCUUUCUCUGCUCAAAACAACAACGAUAGGCACGGCGAUGGAAGUUCCAGUUGGCUUCGCGGCGAAGCUAUGGAACCUCUUAUCUUUUUUACCGUUCUUCAUCGCCCUACUUAUACUUGGCCUCCUCAAAGGUAUAGUCAUAGCUCCAAUUGUGGGAGGGAUUAUUUUUAUUGGAAACUCUGCGGUGAUAAUUGGACUUUGGCCUGCUCAUGUUAUCUGGACAUACUUUUGCAUAGCUAGAACGAAGAAGAUUGGAUUGGUUUUGAAGAUUUUGGUUAUGUUUCUACUGCCUGUGCCUUUGGCAUUGUGGCUCUUUCUUGGGAUUAUUUGUAGCCUUAUUGGUGGAUUUGCUUAUGGAUUCAUUGCCCCUCUCUUUGCUACAUUUGAGGCUGUUGGUGAGAAUGCUGCCCAAAAAUGCGUUCGUUGCAUCCUUGAUGGAUGUUGGCCGACAGUACAAGGAGCUUGCACUUUAGUACGGGAUCUCACAGAUUUCUGCUUUCACUCUUAUUUUUCCUAUAUGGACGAAUUGUGUGAGGAGAUUCUUCCUGAUGAAAUGCCUAUGGAUAUAAAGUUAAUGAGACUCCCAGGGUCGAUCCUUGUUGCUCUGCUCGGCAUGUUAGUGGAUGUGCCUCUAAUCUCUAUUAUUGCCGUAUGGAAGAGUCCUUACAUGCUAUUCAGAGGAUGGAGGAGGCUAUUUGAAGACAUGGUUGGAAGAGAAGGACCAUUUCUUGAGGCAGUUUGUGUACCAUUUGCUGCUCUUUCCAUCAUUUUAUGGCCUUUGGCUGUAAUUGGAGCUGUCCUGGGCGCUUUCUUUUCCAGCUUUUUUCUUGGGUUGUAUGGUGGAAUAGUCGUUCAUCAGGAGAACUCUGUUAAGAUGGGAAUGGCAUAUAUUAUCGCUAUAAUUUCAAUUUUUGACGAAUAUGCCAACGAUAUGCUGUACCUGAGAGAAGGAUCCUGCCUUCCCAGGCCCAGAUACCAUAUGAAUAUGAUUCCUCAGAAUAAUCUAGAGAAGGGGAAGUCCAUCGAAAAUGAGGGAGAAGGGUGGAGGAAUGGCGCAGAAGGCUCUUUUCUCACUAAGCUGGCAUCUCAAAGAUCGAGAACUUUAAAGUUUGCGAUCCAACAGUAUAAACCCAUACAGGUGUGGGACUGGCUGUUUAAAUCAUGUGAGAUGAAUGGAAAAAUUCUUCUCAGGGAUGGGCUUAUAGAUGUCAAAGACAUUCAGAAAUGCAUUUUGAAAGGAGAUUGUAGGAAGCUAUGUGUCAAGUUGCCUGCUUGGUGCAUUUUGCAGUGUCUUCUUGCUUCAGCUAAGUCUGAUUCGUCGGGUUUGCUGAUCUCUGAUGAAAUGGAGCUAACAAUGACAAAUGCACCAAGAGAGAAAGUUUUUGAAUGGUUUAUCGAGCCAUUAUUAAUAAUGAAGGAGCAAAUUAAGGGCCUGAAACUGAAUGAUGGUGAAGAGACGUGCCUAACAAAACUCAUUAUGCAGCACAAGAAUCAGAGGCCUGAAGACUGGGAUGAAUCUGAGUUCCCAUCAGGUGACAAUGUCAGAAGAGCACAGUUGCAAGCCAUUCUCAGGAGGCUGCAGGGAAUUGUCGGAUCGAUGUCUAGGAUGCCAACAUUCAGAAGGCGGUUCAAGACUCUCUCGAAGAUCUUGUUUGUUGAAGCAAUGCAAAGUGGUCUGCUGGGGAAGGAAAUGGAAGGAUCAAGUGUGAAAAGCAAAGGAAGAAAUAUGUCCACAAGUGGGAACAAUGAUGAGUUGAUAGAUGAGGAUAGUGGAAAGCAUGGUGUUGAGAACAACAACAAUGAAGAAAUAGUUUGAAUCACUGCAUAAUUGGUGAGAGACUAAACAAACCUAUGCAGGUUCGAUUUUGGUAUUCUUCAGAGACCAUUGUUUGUUUGUUUGUUGGUUUGGCUUGGUCUGGUCUGGUCGUGGUUUCGUUCUACUUGUACACUUCCAACUUGAGGUUCGGCUCGACCAUGAAAGGCAAAAACUUAGCUGCAUGAAGUGUAAGGAAAUGGACACUUAUUGUUACUUACCAUGGUAGGUCAACCUAGUCUUUCUUCCACGAUUAAUAUGAUA